AUGCGAGUUCGAAUCCGUCCGCCGCGGAAAUUGCGAAAGGCCGAUAGUACAAAGGUAGGGCUUCCUGCGUUCGCCGAGAGGGGGGGGAUGUUGUAGACUGGUUUCGGUUGCAAAUUCUGUGGAAACUACUGGCCUACCUUGGGCUUAUAGUAAACAUCCAUAUAUGCUUUACGUAUACGUUCACUAUGGAUGUGAGUAUGUACGUUGUAUAUUUGCAUUGUGACAUGUUUUGGUUUGUGUAUGUCAUGUUGUCAUUGUUUUUUAAAUUUUUUUGGUUUUUUAUUAAGAGCUUUUAGUGCUUUUUGGUAGUGAUUUAGCCUAAGCGUAAGCCUGAACUCAAACCCAAACUUCAACUUCAGCCUGAGCCUCAGCAUGAGUUUGGGGCUGAGCUUGGGUGUGAGCCUUAGCACGAAUUUGAGCCUGACACGAAACUGAGCUUAAGCGUGAGCCUGAGCCUGAGCUUGAGCUUGAGGUAAUCCUAAGCAUGAGCCUAAGCCUAAACCUAAUCCUAACCUUGAGCCUGAGCUUAAGCGUGAGCCUGAGCCUCUGCCUGAACGUGAGAAUAGCCUAAGCCUGAGCCCGACCCUGAGCCUGAGCUUAAGAUUGAGGUAAUCCUAAGCAUGAACCAAAGUUUAAACAUAAGCCUGAGCUUAAGCCUAAGCCUAAGCCUUAACUCUAACCUUAGCCAUAAACCCUUGCUACAGUAUUAUAAUACAUACUUCAAAAAAAUUUUAGUUUAGCACGUUUUGUAACAUAAAGUGUAUUUUAUGCAAUUUCAUUCCACAAAGCCUUAAUAUAGUAAUUGUGUGUUGUAAUUGGGCUGCUAAAAAACGGCUUUCUAAUUUCCUUGUUUUUUGUUCUAAUCCUCGAAAAGUAAGUACUCGUGCUUCUUUUAAUAACCAGCUGUUUUUACGUUUCUAUUUUUGUCAAUGUCAAUAAUAUUGGGCUUGUCAAUAGAUUUUUGAACUUUUUGACAUUUUAUAUUGAGGAGUGUGGCAACAGAGUUACAGCAAUUUGAAAGUACAAAAACAACAAAUUUUCUAUCUUUUUCGACGAAAAAUUAACUUUUCUUAAAUUUUUUUACUGUUUUUGAAAAAAAUUUUAACAGUUUGUGUUACGUAUUUUAUAAAGCUUAAAAAGAUGCACAUUUUCAACGCUUUUUGUUAGUUCAUCUAAAAUGGCAACAAAGUUACAGCAAUUUGAAAGUCCAAAAACAACAAAUUUUCUAUCUUUUUCGACGAAAAAUUAACUUUUUUUAAAUUUUCAGCCGUUUUAAAAAAAAAUUUUUGACGCCUUACGUAUUUUACAAACCAUGAAAAGAUGCAACAUGUCACAAAUUUUUAUAAUUUUAUCUAAAAUGGCAACUAAGUUACAGAAAUUUGAAAACAUAAAAAUGUCCAAUUUUCUAAUUUUUUCGGUUCAAAUCGACUUUUUUUAAAUUUUUUGGUUGUUUUUUGUAAAAAUAAAUAAAUAAAAAUUGCGUAUUUUACAAAGCAUAAAAAGUUGAACAAGUUCACCAAUUUUUGUAAGUUUUUAUAAAAUGGCAACAAAGUUACAGCAAUUUGAAAAUCUAAAAACGACCAAUUUUCUAAUUUUUUCCUGUUUAAAUUGACCUUUUAUUAAUUUUUUGGCCAUUUUAGAAAAAGUUCUAAUGGUUUACUACGUAUUUUACAAGAAGCAUGGCAAGGUGUGUAUUUCCACUGCUUUUGGUCGGUUUAUCUAAAACGGCAACAAAGUUACAGCAAUUUGAAAACCCAAAAAUGGCUAUAUUUUCCAAGCGGAAUCGAACUUUUUUUGAUUUUUGGCCAUCUUCAGGUUAAUACCUUGCCAACCACUAAGAUAUAAACUUAAAACUGUGUUUGUUAGUCUAGCAUUUCAUUCCUUUUCGUAAUAUUUUCAUUUUUUUUUGUUUUUAUUACCUUUUCUAUCAAGUUUAUGGUCAAUAUGACAUCUUUACCGCCAUUUUUCAAUAAAUUUUAAUUUUUGAAACUAUUUUUGAAUUUUUUUAAAUGUUUUUCUUGUUAUUCUUUCUUUUUAUAUUGUAUUUUUUGUUACUUUAGCCUGAGGUUUAGUAAUUGAAAUAUAUAUUGGGGUCAAAAAAGUUUUGUCGUUUUUCAUCAGGGAAAGUAAUGUAAAUCGGCGACAAUACUUUUCAGACUUAAAACUCUUUUUUUACAUAAACUAAUUGAUUAUAUUAACAUCGUAAAACGUAAAUAUCUUAAAAAUAAGAGCUAUUUCUAUACCUACAUAAUUAUAUUACGUUGUUCAAAUAAUUCUGAGCCACCUAAAACCGAAGAUUUGCUUUAAGAGGGAGGGGGCGCAAAAUUUUUUGAACAACCCAACAAAUAUCUCUACCUACAUUAAUAUAUUGUGUUGUUCAAGUAAUUCUGCACCCCCUUACCUCAAAAAGUUGCAUUGCAAAGGGGCACAGAAUUAUUUGAACAUCCUAAUAUUCAUGUAUGUACCUAUAUUAAUAUAUUAGGUUGUUCAGAAAAGUCUGAGCUACUUAAAUCCAAAAAUUUGCAUUAAAAGGGGGCUCAGAAUUAUUUGAAAAACAAACCUAAAUUAAUAUAUGAUUCAUACAACUACCAUACCUACCACUAUUACUCAUUUCCAGGCCAUGAACAUAGACCAGCCCCCCCAACGAGGUUCCCACAGUUUGGAAUGGCACAAGUCUCUGGAUGCCUUAUUGAAUGAGCGUCAGGCCAUUGAUGCCUUCAGGGUUUGGCUUCGGCUUCAUCGCCGCGACGACGCUUUGGACUUUUAUUUGGCCAUAAUUGCAUUCAGGAAACACGUGCUGAAGAAGGAUCAACGUGCUAUGAACAUGGCCUAUGCCAUGCAGAAAAAGUAUAUAUGGUGAGUGGCGGUGGGCGGGUUUGUAGGUAAGAAAUCGGGGUUUUAGGUAAAAAAUUAAGAUUUUAGGUAACAUAUUGGAAUUUCAGGUAACAAAUUUGAAUUUUAGGUAACAAUUUGAAAAUUUAGGUUACAAAUUAGCACUUUAGGUAACAAAUUUAAAUUUUAGAUAAUAAAUUUGAAUUAUAGGUAAAAAAUUAAGAUUUUAGGUAACAAAUUUGCAUUUUAGGUAACAAUUUAAGAGUUUAGAUAAUAAAUUAAGAUUUUAGGUAACAAUUUAAGAUUUUAGAUAACUAGUUUGAAUUUUAACAAAUGAGGUUUUAGGUAACAAUCUAAAAUUUUUAGGUAACAAAUUGAGAUUUUUGGCUUAGAAAUGGUAUUUUUAACUCAAAAAUUGAAAUUUUAGGUAACAGAUUUGAACUUUAAGCGACAAAUUAAGAUUUUAUUUAACAAAUUGAAGUUUCAGCACACAAUUUAAAAUUUUAGGUAACAGAAUUGAAUUUCAAGUAACAAAUUAUGAGUUUUAGAUAACAGUUUUGAAUUUCUGAUAUUUUUUUUAUUUUUUGGUAAGGAAUUUAAAUUUUAGGUAACAAAUUUAAAAAUGUAGGUACCGAAUUUUGAAUUUAACUUUUGUAAAAUACGAAAUAAACAUUUUUUCUUACCUAAAAUUUAAAACACAUAAAAAUUUUAUUUUCAGUCCAAGAACCGGCCUCUGCGACUUCCUACCACAAAAACUACGACAAGAAAUCUCGCACAAGGUGGUACAGUAUCGUGCUCGAAAACAGACUCCACCGGUCGAUAUUUUCGACCGUCUCGCGCCCUACGUUUGGAGUUAUCUUUGUGAACAACACACCCUAUUUGUGAGUUCGACCGAGUUUCACACCGUGGUGAAGGCGUCUGAAGCCGGUGGGAAGGCUAAAAUGGCAGAGAUCACAGCCCAGAGGAAUAUGACUGCCAACUCGAGGGUACCACCUUUGAUUGGAUUUGCUAAAUUCAGAUGUCGAGAUUCUCAAUCGACUACGGAAAGGGAGAGAUUCAGAGCGAAGUCAGAGCCUCCGGCAAAACGGUACGACUACCCUACUCUACGCUAUUCUACCCUACCCUGCCCUACCCUGCCCUACCCUACCCUACCCUACCCUACCCUACCCUACCCUACCCUACCCUACCCUACACUACCCUGCCCUGCCCUACCCUACUUUACCCUACUCUACUCUACCCUACCCUACCUUACUUUUCCUUACACUGUCCGCUACCGUAUACUUUACUAUUCCUUAAAUUAGACCUUAUGCUCAGCUACAGUACACCACUACCUUAGGGUAGGGUUAUAUGCUGUCUUCUUACGCUUACUCCUACUGUAUUCUCUCCUAUCUUACUUUACUCUUUCCUUAGCGUAAUUUUUCUUGCCUAUUAUUCAUACCUCUAUUCUACUGUGUACUUACUAUCUACCGUAAUAUAUUAUGCCUAUAGUAACUUACAGUAUUUCUAUAGCAAUUUGCAGUAUGCCCAUCUACCCUAAUCUCAUUAUACCGUAACCCUUAUGUCCCUUUCUAAAAUUUCUUCUAGUUUUUCUUACUCUACCUUACCCUGACCGAGCUUUAGUUUACCUUUAAAUCAGUUCAAAAUCUAACUCUUUAUCAGCUUUUUCUUUCUAUUACAAUAUGGGUACCUCUACCCCUACCUUUAAAUCAGUUUCUAAAGUAGCUUACCUUAUUCUGCUUCUUUUUUUUCUAUAGGGGUAAUGCUUUUUCAUUACUAUUUAUAAUUUCAGUACUAUAAGGAUAGUCUUUUCUAUUUAUCUUUUUUAAAAAACCGAUACAUUUUAGAGCACCACGGAAAGAAGAAGACAUACGACGAACACACGAUGAUCAGGAUUCUGAAGUCAACGAGUUUGUAAGAAUUUUAAAAUUUAUAAGAAAAUUACUUUAAAAUUACAAAAAAUUUGAAUUUUGAAAAUUUUAAAAUUAAAAAAAAAAUUUUAAAAAUUUUGAAAAAUUUUAAAAUUCAAAUCUUUCAGUUAGAACCAGAAGCCCCAGGCACGUUUCCAAUUCGGCAUGAACGUGAAGAAGACCGUGAUUUGUUCGUUCGGAUUCUGUGUGAUCGUUUGGCACCAUUAGCUCUACAACAACAUGAUGAGGAUAGGCGGAGGGAAGAGAAUGAGUUUCGGCUUGACUUGGGAGGUGAUACGCCUAGUAGUUGGGAUGAAGAAGACGCUAUACCGCCUGAGGCACUGUGUGAAUGGAGUUUGGCACCUAGUGCCCGAGUUUGUAAUACUAAAGGGGUACCAAGCGGCUAUGGGGUACCAGGUGGUCAUGGGGUAUCAUACAUAACUAGUGUACCAAAUGGGGUACCAUACACAAACAGUGGACCAAAUGGAGCACUUAAUGGCAUUUCCGGAUCAAAUGGUGCACAUAACAUGAAUAUGGUGCCAAAUGACCAAAGUGUACCAAACGGAGUACCAACUGUACCAAAAACUAAAAAUCAUCAAAAUCGUGUACCAAGUGCUCCAAUCAAAGGAUUCAUGCACAAAUCGGCCUCAAUCGCCUUCAGCGAGUCUAACGACCUUCUACUACAUCAACAUCCCCCAGCUGCGCCCAGGCUUAAAAAAUUCGAUUCGCUUAAUAACACAGCGUUCCGACCGUUCCUGAAAGACCAUUUAUUUGCAGUACAUACACAUUUGGUAGCACCAUUGUCGAAUAAAUGCACCCACCCGAACGAAUUUUCAACUUCUUACCACGCCCAAGCUCCACCCCCGCCCGCCCCACUCCACAUGCCAAUCUUUGAUUAUAAUGAAGUGGAGAGGCAUAGAGGGUAAGAAGAUUUUAGAUAUGACUUUAUUUUUGGUAAUUUUAAUGUUUUACAAUUUGAAUAAAAGUCUUGUCGUUUUGUACUAUAGAAAACGGUGUAAAAUAGCGACAAGACUUUUUUGACCGAUUAUUUUAAGAAAAUUUUAACUUUUUUAAAUAUUAAAGUUAAUUUCAGCUCCCGCUGCAACGUGUACCAACAAUUCAGUGACAGUUCGGGUUUUUGUUCAUCUGAAUCAGCCCAUCUUCACCUUGCUGAGCUGAACGAGCGAACUCGAAUUCCUAGAGACAACUCGUAUCCUUUCGGUAAGACAAUCAUCAUUUACCGUGGAGGAAGGGUAAGAUAGAGUAGAGUAAAGGUAGGGUAGGGUACAAUAGAGUAGGGUACGUUAGAGUUAGGACUGUAAAUUAGGGUAUUGUAGAGUAGGUUACUGUAGAAAAGAGUACUGUAGAGUACGGUACUGUAUAGAAGGACACUGCAAGUUAGGGUACUGUAUAGUAUUUUGCUGUAGAGUAGGAUACUGUAGAGCAGCAUACUGUAGAGAAAGGUACUGUAGAGAAGGACACUACAUGGUAAGAUACUGUGGAGUAGGGUACUGUAAAUUAGGUUAGGAUAGGGUAAGGUAGGGGAGGGUAGGGUAGGGUAGGGUAGAGUAGGGUAGGGUAGGAUAUUGUUCCGGCUUUCUAACUUAUGUUCUUUUCAGAUAUCCGCCCCCAAGAAGACCAUUACCCCUCCUAUCUGCCAGUUUCGUACAAAGACGAGACUGGAGUGCCAUUUGUUUCUAGAAUAUACUCAAGGUCUAUGACAUUUGGUCUGUUUCGACAUCAUUUUGGCAUAAAUUCUUGGACUUCGAAGAGGUUUAUGUUCAAAGGACCAUGUGAAGAUGGAUCAGCACCCUAUCAGUGGACUGUUGUUAUGGAUGAUAACGUAGUGUUACCUGUUUAUGAAGGGAAGAUCACGGCUGAAUGCAGGGAAAUGGGCGGGGUAUGA